AUGAAGGGACAUCUCUCCACUCCAGUGCUGUGGCUUCUUCUCCUCACAAUUCAGGACAUAGAAUGUGCUGAUGAGCUGAAGCUGAUGGAUGGAGGCAGCCCCUGUGCCGGGAGAGUGGAGGUUAAACACCAGGAUCAGUGGGGGACGGUGUGUGAUGACAACUGGGACAUGACAGAUGCUGGGGUUAUCUGUAAGCAGCUGGGAUGUGGAGCUGCUGUCAGUGCCCCUGGCGAAGCUCAUUUUGGAGCAGGAUCUGGACCAAUUUGGCUGGAUGAAGUUGCCUGUGAUGGUACCUAGUCUGCUCUCUGGAACUGUGAGAACGAGGGAUGGGGUCAGAGUGACUGCAGUCAUGGAGAGGAUGCUGGAGUGAUCUGUUCAGGACACAUUGAGCUCCAGCUGGUUGGAGGGGACAGUGCCUGCUCAGGACGUGUGGAAGUAAGGCAUGGAGACACCUGGGCUACAAUCUGUGAUGCACACUUUGAUCUCAAAGCUGCCAGUGUUAUCUGUAAUGGACUACAGUGUGGAACAGCUCUAUCUAUCCCAGGAGGAGUUCACUUCGGAGAAGGACAUGGACCAAUCUGGACUGAGGAAUUCCACUGUGUAGGGAAUGAGUCACACCUCAUCUACUGUCCCAGGGUAUCACAUGUGAUUCAGACGUGCUCACAUGCAAAUGAUGCCAGCACCAUAUGCUCACGGCACACAUGGUUCUGGCUGGUGAACGGCAGCUCAGAGUGCUCAGGGAGGGUGGAGAUCCAGGUUCUUGGUGCCUGGGGAACCCUCUGUGACUCACGCUGGGAUUUACCGGAUGCCAACGUUCUCUGUCAUCAGCUCGACUGCGGAUUUGCUGUAUCAGCCCCAGGAGGAGGGUACUUUGGGAAGGGAACUGGCUCUGUCUGGACAGACACAUUUCACUGUAAAGGGACUGAAACCCAUUUGGGCCAUUGCCCUGUUACUGCUCUGGGGGCCUCUCAGUGCUCACGAUAAUGACGCCAAAGGGUCCAGUGUGCAGGAAACGAGACUCAUCUGAUUCUCUGUGACAAAUCCACAUCUGAGGCAGCCCAGCCAGGAAUUGCUGAGGACGUUGGAGUUGUUUGCUCAGGGAGCAGACAGAUCAGACUGGUGAAUGGGGCAGGUCGCUGUGCCGGGAGAAUGGAGAUUUAUUACAAUGGCAGCUGGGGGACAGUCUGUGAUGAUUCCUGGGAUCUGUUAGACUCCAAUGUUGUUUAAAAACAACUGGGAUGUGGACAUGCCAUCAGUGCAACUGUCUCUGCUCAUUAUGGGCAAGGAUCCGGGCCGAUCUGGCUGGAUGAUGUGAACUGCUCUGGGAAUGAGUCCGAUCUCUGGGCAUGUCCUUCCAGGGUCUGGGGCCAGCACAACUGCAGACUCAAAGAGGAUGCGGGAGUUCUCUGCUCAGAAUUCACAGAUCUGAGGCUGGUGAGCGACAGUGACUGUGCUGGGCGGCUGGAGGUUUUCUACAAUGGGACGUGGGGCAGUGUUUGCUCCAAUCAGAUGUCUGGAGUCACUGCAGCAAUUGUCUGCAAACAGCUGAACUGUGGAGAUGGAGGAUAUAUUUCAGGAGGAUCUGAAUAUGGAAAGGGUCCCACAUGGCUGGACCACGUUGCAUGCAGUGAGCAGCACCGCUCCCUCUGGCAGUGCCCAUCAGACCAUUGGAAUCCAAAGUCCUGUGAUAACCGAGCAGAAGAGACCCAUAUUUCUUGCACUGGAAAAAAAGCAAAACCAACUCAGACCCUGUUCACCGAGUGCCCGAACUCUACAAGUUGCACAGACAGGGAGAAGUUACGUGUUGUGGGAAGAGAGCACGGAUGCUUGGGGAGAGUGGAGGUUUGGUACCGUGGCUCCUGGGGAACAGUUUGUGAUGACUCCUGGGACAUGGCGGAUGCUAAUGUUGUGUGCAAACAACUGGGCUGUGGAUCUGCUGUAUCUGCCCCGGGCGAGGCUGCAUUCGGUGAGGGGACUGGUCCCAUCUGGGUGGAGACGUUGAAUUGCAGAGGGACAGAGUCAUCUCUCUGGGACUGUCCUGCCAAGCCCUGGGGUGACAGCAACUGUGGUCAUAAGGAAGAUGCUGCAGUGAAUUGCUCAGGAAUAACAGAGGAGGCUAAACUGAGGCUGGUGAAUGGAGGCAGCCCCUGUGCCGGGAGAGUGGAGGUUAAACACCAGGAUCAGUGGGGGACGGUGUGUGAUGACAACUGGGACAUGGCAGAUGCUGGGGUUGUCUGUAAGCAGCUGGGAUGUGGAGCUGCUAUCAGUGCCCCUGACGAAGCUCAUUUUGGACCAGGAUCUGGAACAAUUUGGCUGGAUGAAGUUGCCUGUGAUGGUACCGAGUCUGCUCUCUGGCACUGUGGGAACGAGGGAUGGGGUCAGAGUGACUGCAGUCAUGGAGAGGAUGCUGGAGUGACCUGUUCAGGACACAUUAAACCCCGGCUGGUUGGAGGAGAUGUUGCCUGCUCAGGACGUGUGGAGAUAGAACAUGGAAACACGUGGAAAACAGUCUGUAAUGCACACUUUGAUCGCAAAGUUGCCAACGUUAUCUGUAAUGAACUACAGUGUGGAAUAGCUGUAUCUAUCCCAGGAGGAGGUCACUUUGGAGAAGGACAAGGCAAGAUCUUGACUGAAGAAUUCCAGUGUGUGGGGAAUGAGUCUCUCCUGUUCUCCUGUACCAGGAUAUCACAAGUGAAUCACACAUGCUCACACACAAAUGAUGCCGGUGUCAUAUGCUCACGGUUCCGGCUGGUGAAUGGCAGCACAGAGUGCUCAGGGAGGGUGGAGAUUCAGGUUCGUGGUGCCUGGGGAACCCUCUGUGACUCACGCUGGGAUUUACCAGAUGCCAGUGUUCUCUGUCAUCAGCUCGACUGUGGAUUCGCUGUAUCGGCUCCAGGAGAAGGGUAUUUUGGGAAGGGAACUGGCUCUGUCUGGACAGACACAUAUCACUGUAAAGGGACUGAACCCCAUUUGAGCCAAUGCCCUGUUACUGCCCUGGGGGCCUCUCAGUGCUCCCAUGACAAUGAUGCCAGUGUGGUUUGCUCAGGUCAUCCUGAAUCACUCAGACUGCUGAAUGGAGAGAGCCGGUGCGAUGGGAGAGUUGAGAUUUCCCUCCGUGGUGUGUGGGGCAGAGUGCUGGAUGACCAGUGGGACAUGAAUGAUGCCAGCGUGGUGUGCAGGGAGCUCCAGUGCGGAGUCGCUGAGAAAGCUUAUAACCCCCCUAAGUCUGAGCGAGGAACGGGCCCCGUGGGGCUGAGAAGUGUCCAGUGUGCAGGAAACGAGACUAAUCUGACGCUCUGCAUCACCUCCACAUCUCAGGCAGAGCAGGCAGGAAUUGCUGAGGAUGUCGGCGUCGUUUGCUCAGGAAGCAGGCAGAUCAGACUGGUGAACGGGGCAGGUCGCUGUGCCGGGAGAGUGGAGAUUUAUUACAAUGGCAGCUGGGGGACAGUCUGUGAUGAUUCCUGGGACCUGCCAGACUCCAGUGUCGUUUGCAAACAACUGGGAUGUGGACAUGCCAUCAAUGCAACUGUCUCUGCUCAUUAUGGGCAAGGAUCCGGGCAGAUCUGGCUGGAUGAUGUGAACUGCUCUGGGAUUGAAUCCGAUAUCUGGGCGUGUCCUUCCAGAGGCUGGGGCCAGCACAACUGCAGACACAAAGAGGACGCGGGAGUUCUCUGCUCAGAAUUCACAGAUCUGAGGCUGGUGAGCGACAGUGACUGUGCUGGGCGGCUGGAAGUUUUCUACAAUGGGACGUGGGGCAGUGUUUGCUCCAAUCAGAUGUCUGGAGUCACUGCAGCAAUUGUCUGCAAACAGCUGAACUGUGAAGAUGGAGGAUAUAUUUCAGGAGGAUCUGAAUAUGGAAAGGGUCCCACAUGGCUGGACCACGUUGCAUGCAGUGAGCAGCACCGCUCCCUCUGGCAGUGCCCAUCAGACCAUUGGAAUCCAAAGUCCUGUGAUAACCGAGCAGAAGAGACCCAUAUUUCUUGCACUGGAAAAAAAGCAAAACCAACUCAGACCCUGUUCACCGAGUGCCCGAACUCUACAAGUUGCACAGACAGGGAGAAGUUACGUGUUGUGGGAAGAGAGCACGGAUGCUUGGGGAGAGUGGAGGUUUGGUACCGUGGCUCCUGGGGAACAGUUUGUGAUGACUCCUGGGACAUGGCGGAUGCUAACGUUGUGUGCAAACAACUGGGCUGUGGAUCUGCUGUAUCUGCCCCGGGCGAGGCUGCAUUCGGUGAGGGGACUGGUCCCAUCUGGGUGGAGACAUUGAAUUGCAGAGGGACAGAGUCAUCUCUCUGGGACUGUCCUGCCAAGCCCUGGGGUGACAGCAACUGUGGUCAUAAGGAAGAUGCUGCAGUGAAUUGCUCAGGUCUGACAGAGAGGACAGAUUCUCCAAAUACCCCAGCUCCCCCACGCCGCCCUCUGACUGACAGUGGGAGAGUCACGGUGCCUGUGGUCGUCUGCAUUAUCCUGGGGGCCCUGCUCUGCCUGGUCUUAAUCAUCCUGGGGGCGCAGGUGCGAAGUGCCAGGGCACAGCGCAGAGGCUCCAGAAGACCCUUGGAUCCCUUCUCUGAGGCCGUGUACGAGGAGAUUGAUUAUAACCUGAUGAGAGAGAAGCAGGAGAUGUUCAGUCGCUCAGUCUCCUAUUCAGAUGACUCAGUGACGAAGCUGCCGUAUUACACCGGGGACAGUGAGGGGGAAAACGAUCCUGGAUCAGAACAAGAUGGAGCUUCCCCAGGGGGGUCUCAGCUGGAUUAUGAUAACGUGGAGGAGCCUGCCUUGAAAGACGUCCCCCAGACUCCAGACGGCCGAGAUGCCCCUGCCCUGCCUGGAGAUGUCCCAGGGGAUGGUUAUGAUGAUGCCAGAGAAGUGUCUGACCCUGAAGCUGACCCUAGUUUGGGGCAGAAUGAUGAGGAAGGCACUGGGGUGAGUGACAGGAGCAGGGAUUCACAGACAGGUUGGAAUCUGCACUCGCUAAGGAAUGAAGGUGUCUCUGUGACAGAGAAAGAAACCCUGUUCCUGCCUCUUGGAGACACAAGUUAUGAUGAUGUGGGACAUGGUGACUCUGGGAGAUCAGUAUCAGAACAAUGUGAUUGGACCAAAUAACUUUGGGAUAAUG